AUAAAAUUGAUGACACCAGUAUUUGAUCAUGUUUGAAGUUGUUUUCCGGUUGGACUGAUAUCUAAUCUACUUCCUUGAUUUCAUUAUUUUUAAAUACACACAAGUUUAUUUGUCCUUUUGUAUCCGAAUACGUAUUUCCACUGGAUGAUAUUUUGUUCUAUCACGUCAAAUGAAGAUAUGGGUGCCUUGUAAGUUCCUUAUUCUUUUGUGAACCUCUUUACUUUUGUCUCUAGAUAUUCAUCUUCUAGGAUUUGGGAUGGGAUCGGAGAGCUUGAAUUUGGAGGAGAGGUUAAGGUCACUCCUCCUCCAGCUCCAGAGUGAAUCUGGGAUCCUGGAUCGGAUAGUGUAUAAGGGCAAGAAUCAACACCGCCGCUGCUCCUACUUCCAGUACCUCUCGAAGGUGAGAAGGGAUGUGAGGCUUCUGCAGUCUAUGGGGCUAGGGGAGGUUUUGAAUGUCCUCUUCCCCAUUAUUCAUGGCAGAAAACCUGCUCAAAAUGCUUUUCAAAAGCUGCGGCAAAAUAAAAAAUGUCCUGGUGGAAAGCAUAACUACCAAGAGCGACUCUUGGGUAUUGCACGUUUACUAUCACAGAUGGCUGAACCCAUAUUGAAGGCGGCAAUUCAGAUAUCGUUGUUACUUGCAAAGUCAUUUUUCACAGGAUUCUGUAUCAUGAUAUUGGCUCUGCUUGCACGACUUCGAGUUUUGGUUCAACAAAUCUUAGUUGAUGUAGUUUCUGUAUUCAACAAGGUCUCCUCUAUUUCACGGAAGAAGCAUUCUGUCAAACUCACUCAGGAUGGGGUUGAGGCUUUCAGGGAGUACUAUCCCUCAAGUAAGGAUGUUCUUAUUUUAGAAUGUGUCUGGGAAGAAGAUAAGUUUGCCUUGGCCGAGAGGACGGAAAGAAGCAACGAAAACAAUCAAGAUGACUUCAGAGCUCUUUCAUUGGAGACAUCUCUUCAAUAUGAAACUAUAGAGCUAUUCAGUGAAGUCCUAUGCACUGCAAAUGAGGUCAGUUCAGAUAAUAUCGAAGUGGAAACACCUGCCAAGGACUCAUGCCCCCAUCGCAUAGAAUCUGCCAUAGAUUCAUCUGAAGACCAACCAAAUACAAGUGAUGAUAAAAGUAUAGUGGAUUUGAAAGAUGGAAAGCAGUUGGAAAGCCAGGAGGUUCCAAGUUCUGCUUCUGAAGGAAUCAUAACUGCAAGUGUAGAUUCAUUCCCUAAAUCCAGAUCUUCAGAACAUGAGACUGGAUCGAGGGAGAAAGUGGCAUUUAUUCCUGUGAGAGAGUCAAAGUCCUCUGAGAUGAGCACAAGUUGGCCAAACAAGAAGAUGAAGUUGGAGAUGUCCUCAACCGAUGCUACAGAAACUGAAGAUCCUUUUUUAAAUCUGCUGAUGUCUGGAAGCAUGACUAAAUCUAUUUUUUGAUUGGUCAUGGUUUAAUUGAAACACAGUAGGGCCAAAUUGGUUUUGGCAUGGGAACAGCAACACAAUAAACUUUCUUGUCAUACCGUUUGAUGAUAAUAGAGGAAAGCUAUGCGGGAGUAGGUGAUAUCAGAGCGAUUCACAUGUGGUAGCGGUAUCCAGUAAUGCUUGAGAAACAAUGUUCCAUUUUUUUGCAUCAUUUUUUUUUUGGCUAAAGUAUUGCAGACAGCAUAUGUAUGUGCCUCAAUUUUCAUUAGAGAUAAGCCACUUUUAUGUAUCUAUCAGUUUUCCCUUUUGUAUUGUUAAAAUGCUGUCAGUAAACAUUGUUUUCAUCUACAGACAAGAUAAAAAGUUU